UAUUUUACGCCAAAGAUAAAAUUAAAUUUUUUAAAAAAAAAAAAAAAAAAAAAAAAGAAAGAAAAUCACUAUAAAAAUCAAACCCUCCAUUUCUACUCCUUCACACUCUUCUUCUUCUUCCCCAAAUUCCAUCAAUGGAGAACCUCAACUCCCUCAAAAAUGGCGUUCUCCGAUUACCUCCCGGCUUCCGCUUCUACCCCACCGAUGAGGAGCUUCUUCUCCAAUACCUAAUAAAAAAAGCCCUCUCCUCCCCUCUCCCGGCCGCCGUCAUCCCCGACGCGGAUGUCUGCAGAUUCGACCCAUGGGAUUUACCAGGGGAUUUAGAGCGGGAGAGAUACUUUUUCAGUACAAGAGAAGCGAAAUACUCAAAUGGAAGAAGGUCUAACAGAGCUACUGGUUCUGGGUAUUGGAAAGCGACUGGAAUUGAUCGGAAAAUUGUUUCUACAAAAGAGAAUCGAUUAAUAGGGUUUAAGAAAACACUCGUUUUCUACACUGGAAAACCCCCAAAUGGCUUGAGAACUGAUUGGGUUAUGCAUGAGUAUCGCCUUGUGGGAAGUUCCGAAGCUCCUCCUUCUUCUUUUAAUGAAGGAUUGGAACUACCUAACUUGAAUCCAAACUGGGUUUUAUGUCGGAUAUUUCUAAAGAAAAGAAGCACAAGAGAAAGAGAUGAGAAGAAGAAGAACAACAAUUGUAAGCCAGUUUUUCAUCAGUUUUUAAGAACGAGGAAUGACACUGAUUUGAAUCUUUCUCCUUGUUCUUCCUCCUCUGGAUCAAGUGGAGUUACAGAGAUUUCAGUAAAUAAUCAUCAAGAACAAGAAGAAACAAGCAGCUGCAGUAGUUAUAGAAAGAGAUGAAAAUAUCAUUUUUUUUUUUAAGAAAAAAAGCAUUAGCUUUUACUAGCUUGUUCUUUAAAAAAAAAAAAAAAAGGAUCUAUGGCUUCUAAGAAAUCUCGUCCAUUCUCUGUUGCUUA